AUGGAGAGCGGCGGCGGCGGGAGGGGCCCGGCGGGGCAGGAGGAGCCGCCGCCGCCGCCGUUCGAGGAAGGAGGCGAGGAGGAGGCGGCUGGGGAGGAAGAGGAGGAGGCGCCGCCGCCGCCGCCCGAGUCGGAGUGGAGCUUCCUUGAGCGCGCCAUGGAGGCGGUGGCGCUGCAGGACGUGCCCAGCACCACCAUCGCCUGCAACCUCGACCCGCGCGUCUUCCAGGAGGGCCCGUGCCGGGCCAAGUUUGAAUCGCUGUUUAGAGCUUACGACAGAGAUAUCACCUUUCAGUAUUUUAAGAGCUUCAAAAGGGUGCGAAUCAACUUCAGUAGCCCGUUGUCUGCGGCGGACGCGCGAAUCCAGUUGCACAAGACCGAGUUCCUUGGGAAGGAAAUAAAACUGUAUUUUGCUCAGACUUUGCACAUUGGAAGCUCACAUUUAGCACCACCCAAUCCAGACAAGCAGUUUUUGAUUUCGCCUCCUGCUUCUCCACCUGUUGGCUGGAAGCAAGUAGAAGAUGCUACUCCAGUUAUAAACUAUGACCUUUUAUAUGCUAUCUCCAAGUUAGGGCCAGGAGAAAAGUAUGAACUACACGCUGCAACCGACACUACUCCUAGUGUUGUUGUCCACGUCUGCGAGAGUGACCAAGAAAACGACGUGGAAGAAGAAGCAAAGAAACCCAAACCAAAAAUUAUUCAGACCAGAAGACCAGAUUAUACUCCUGCCCAUUUAAGUUGAACUGCUCUGGUUUUGGAAGGGUUACAAGCAGAUGUACGCAAGGGAAACAUUUACUGUGGAAAUAGCUGGUCACAAAUUUGGGGGUCACAGCAGCAGUUGUAGCAGGAGAAAUUCCAGUGUAAGGUUUGCUCAGAAAAAAAUAUAGGAAGUUUCCUCCUUGUUUCCAAGGCUGCCUGUUGAUUGAUGUUAUGAGUGUGUGCCCAGAUUGCUGGGAAUGGAGAUGGGCAGGAAAAGACAUUUUGAGAAGUGACAAAACUGAAACUGAUACAGGCUUAUUUUUGGGGGUAUUGCUCCAUUAUACAGCAACUGGGGAUAGCUUUCCUUGUUCUGUCUCAUGUAAAUCCUCAAACAUAUAGGCUAGCCAUUUUGUGAAGUACAUAGUGACAACAGAGGUGGUUUUAAAGAUUAAGGUAUGGGAACUGUAAAACUCUUUCUUAUGAUAGAUUUUGUGCAUGUGUAUUCUUGCUCUUCUAAAGCAACUUUGCAUUAUUUUCUAAAAAUUUCUCACUUCAUGUUUUUGGAAAUCUGGGAGUUUGUUUAAAGUAUUUAUUAUCUAAACAUCCCRGAGUUAUUACUAGAUGUGUAUAUACGUAUAUAUUUAUAUUUGUUUUUAUUGGCACUCCUUUUCCAGCAGGCAUACGAUUUGUCUGGCACCGUACUUUGGUGCUAUGUAACUUGUGCUUUUAAAAUUUUAACCUCUUAAAUGCUUAUAUAAGGUUUUGUCUGGAAAAGUUAUAAAAAAAUGUGCAAUAGCAAAGCUAUUUGAGUAAGUUGAUUUUAAAUUAUUUAAGUUUAAAUAAUUUAUACCUUCAAUAACAUUUGUUCGGUAACUGACUUUCUCCUUUGGAAAAAAGUAUUCUUAAAUGUAUAAAUAAAGAUGUUAUUAUUGUAUAUUCAUAGCAACAUACUUUCUCAGUGAAAAGAAUGGCAAUGGAAAGAAACAUGAGCUCUGYUCAAUAUCUGAUCUGCUGUGUUGAAAACAAAUGUUUUAAUGGUGAUUGGGAAAAUUGCAGAGAGUGCAUGGAACAGCCCAGAGAGAUGGAGCGCCUUUGCCCUGGUUCAUCACUCAUGUGAGCUGCUCUGUGAGCUGCCCUUGGCAUCUCUUUUUCUGAUGGUUUUGUGUGUCCAGAAGUAUCUGCUUCCCUAGCUUUGUUUCCAAAACAAGCUGGUAAUUGGGAAUGCUUAAUGACAGCUGACGAWACAUACCUAGGUAAUGGUAGACAUGGGAAAGCUUUAUAGAGUUUCUUAUAUGGUACUGUCUAAAGACAGAGCACAUGAUGUACAAGUUGAGAGGAAGAAACAUCCUAGAAGUAGGGUUUUUUUUCUUAUUUGUUUUUAAAGUUGAGAUCUUCACUUUGAAAUAAGCUUAAGUAUUCUUUUUUUGCUUGCAAAGAUGUUACUUUAUCUUUGAGAAGGCACCACUUUACACUAAUAGAAAGGGGAUGUUUGAGGCUUCUCAACCUGUUUUUAGAAAUAAAGAUCCUCUUUCUCCCCUACUUGACUUUUUCCAUAGUUAUUCUGAAAAAUAAAAUAGUUUUGUAGCUGAAAUUAAUAUAAAAAAAUCGUUUUGUGCCAUCUGAACAAACACUGACUUGGAUGCCCGGGUUCGCACCCCUUUUUUAGAGAUUAAACAAUGUAGCAAGGUGUGUAAGGGAGCCCUUCCAAGCUGUAGUGCAGUGUUAAAUGCGACAUUAUUAAAAAGACAGUCAAUAUACUAAGCAAAACAUGAGGUAAUAUCCC